GCGGCAGGCUCCGGAUGGUCCUCGAGUGCAGGGCAAGUCACACACGUAAGGGCGAGGACGGGACGAGGGCGAGAGCGAGAGCGAGAGCAACCGCGGGCGAGGCGGGCUUCAAGUAUGGAAAGUGGGUGGGAGCGGGGCCAGCAGGUGAAAGAGAGGGCCGACGGGGGAGGGGGAGGGAGCUGCAAUUAAUAUGGCCGGGGUGAGGGUGAGGGGGGGACCGCCUAUAGGCGUGAGGGUGUUUGACGGCCUCGAGGCUUUCAAACAGGCCCGCCGUGACUUCGGCGUUGUCGAUGUUCGACGAUGGCCCUUUUGAGCAGGUGAAAGUGUUGGUCGCCCAGUGCGAGGUUGCAAUCCCCGGUCUCCCCAUGCCUCUCCAUUAUCUGUCCCAUGUCCAACUCUGGCCUAGUGGGCUGUCUUGUGGUGAACGGGGGACGGCGAUGCCAACGAUCCACCUUGGCGCCAAGCUUGGUGUUGGACUGGGCACUCCAGGGGCAGCAGAAGCCCGCCCUCCACCAACAACAUUCACCCGCACGGCAGCCACCGCCACUCACCGCUCCCUGUUUUCCUCUCUCUAUCGCCUCCAUCGGCAGCAGACGCAACUGAUGAGCAGAGUGCCAUCCAAGGCUCUUCCCGAGGUCCCUAUCUCUUCGCCACCCAGGUGUAACAGUACAGCGUGCGAUGAUGAUUGCACACUGUACUGUAACGCAAUCGCCAUCGCCUUGUCCCACCUUUAUCUCGAUCUCCAGCCGGCCCCGCUUGCACGGUGCUAGGUACGGUCGUACCUCGCUGGACCGGGAAAGGCUUCACGUGCGGCAGUCUGGGAUGUCCAUCAGUUCUGGCCAAAUCCUCGGAUGGUUCUUCUGUUUCUGCAUUAGAUCCGCC